AUGAGGCACCUCCAUACUUUAGUAAAAGCAUUUAGGGACCCCGAUAUGUACCGGCAAAGCGUACCUCUGGGCCCAACAAGUGACGACCCACCCCCCACGCCCUCUAUAUACACACACACACACACUACCGUCCCCUCCGUAGGUCCAAGUUCUACCUUCCCAUCUCGAGAGCCUCCUUUUCCAGGCCUACGGACCACCUCCGCGCCGGGGCUGUGUGUGGUCCCUAUCGGCGGACUCGCCUCCACUCCCCCGCGGAUCGCAGCCCUCUGCCCCGACGCCCGACCUGAAGCGUCGACGCAAAAUCGCCUCAGAACCGAACUCGCCACAUCGCCCACUCGACCAGGCCGCGGCACUCGCGUUGUCUGCCAGCCGCAGGCCUCGCAGGGUGACCCGGCCUGGCGGCUUAGGAAAGGCCGCUGCGAGACGCUGACUCCUCGGCCGCAGCGUCCUGUUUCUUCCUCACCAAGUGACCGACUCGCUCGCUCACUCACCUCGGCGCCCCAGACUUUCCUUCCGUCGCCACCGCCGCUGCUCCCGCCGCCUCCUUCCUGGCUUUCCAGAGCCCUCCCCCCCUCAGUCCAUAGCCAGGCGGCGUCGCACCCCGUCCAUCUUGAUCCUCCCGGCAGAGGAUUGAGGGGAGGGGGGGGGACGGAGCACCACAGACACGGGAGAAGGAGGAGGAGGAGCCCGCCAGCCUCAGAGUCACGCUUUGGCCGAAUCCCGGAGCAGCGCGGGAAGAUACGGAGGGCCACCAUAGGGGGCGUUGUGGCGGCGGCUUCCUCUGGCUCCGGCGGCUUUUCGCUUCUGGCGUACCUCUUGCCUUUCUACUCCGCCUCAGUCGGUUCGAUAAGCUUCAGGACGGAGUGGAGCAACAGCGCUUGUCCAGGAACUGAACACAAGCAGCAAAAACUGAGGGAACCAUUCAUGAUGGCAGUCAUGAAGGAACUGAGACACUAAGCACUCUGGUGCCAAAGAUACCAAGCGCUCUCUGCACGUGAAGGGCAGAGCUUCAGGAUGCUAUGCAGAGCUUGAAAUUCUUCCAAAGGGACUGUUGCACAGGUGCAAAGCCCACAUUGUGAAGGAUACCAGGUCAUCAUUAAGAUCAAUAGAUACACAUACGAAGGUAGAACAAAAGAGUCCCCCGGACAUCCAAGGAGUGUGGGGCCUUUUCCAGAGAAAGGGAAUCAAAGAAGGAACCUCUUAGCAUCAGAGUGGGAGAACAUAAUGCAUUCAUCCCAGCUCGGAUGCCCUGCAGAGAGCUGCUAUGUCAACACUGAUAGACGGAUUGGAAGAUCCUGC